UAAAGACAAGAUCCUCUAUUUUAUUCAACUCCUUCCAAAUUCUCAUCAACACCAACCUCCAAAAAAAAUGUCUCCCAUCCUCACUCCUCUCCUCCUCCUCCUUUCCAUCAUCCUCCUCAUCCCAACCACAAGGUCCACAACCACAAGGUCCACAACCACAACCACAACCAUAGUAUUCACAACCUUAGGUCGAAGCCGCUACAACUUCGACAUCUUCUCCACACCUCUUUCAUCCCCUCCUUCUUCCUUCCAACUCACCGACGGCAUCUCCGUCAACUUCAACGGCUUCUUCCUCCCUGACUCUUCCCUCCUCUUCGUCUCCGAACGCAACUCCUCCUUCAACCUCUACCUCCUCCCUCCUCCCUCUUCCUCACCUCACCACCGCUCCACUCUCCAACUCCUCCUUUCCUCCCCUCUCCUCCCUUCCAAUCCUUCCUUCAUCGAUCGCCCUAUCCUUUUCAACGACAACCUCAUCUACGUCUCCACUCACAUCCCUUCUUCCAUCCCUCGCCAGAGCUGGUCCUCCAUCUACUCCACCCACCUCCCCACCUCCACCACUCUCCGUCUCACCCCUCCCAACAUCGCCGACUUCUCCCCUUCCCUCUCCCCUUCCGGUCUCUGGACCGCCGUAUCCUCCUCCGGCUCCCAUCCCUGGUCCGGCCAAGUCCAAGAUCUCUUCACCGACAUCUACAUCUUCAAAACCCUAGACGGCUCUUCUCGCACUCUUCUCAUCAAACAUGGCGCUUGGCCUUCCUGGUCCUCCGAUGGCUCCACCCUCUUCUUCCACCGCUCCUCAUCCGACGGCUGGUGGAGCAUCUACUGCGCCACUCUCCUCUUCCCCUCCUCUUCCUCGCCUCCUUUCGUCUCCUCCAUCACUCGCGUCACUCCACCAGGCUUCCACGCCUUCACUCCCGCCACCUCCCUUUCCGAUCCUUCAACCCUCGCCAUCGCCACAAGACGAAGCACCUCCCACUACCGCCACAUCGAGCUCAUCCAUCUCCACAACGGCGUCGCCGUCUCCUACCACGAAAUCACCCGCCUCAUCUCCCCCAACUCUCACCACUUCAAUCCCUUCAUCUCCCCUGAUGGAUCUCAACUCGGCUACCAUCGUUGCAGAGGCCGUGGCGAUAACGGCGACCCUUCUCUCUUGUUGGAGAACAUCAACAGCCCUGAUCCCCAAUCCUUCUCUCUUUUCCGCAUUGAUGGUUCCUUCCCUUCGUUUUCUCCUUCUGGUGAUCGGAUUGCUUACGUUGGGCUUCCGGGCUUGUUCGUCGUCAACUCCGAUGGCUCUUCUCCGCCUUUGAAGAUCUUCGACGGCAAUGCUUUUGCGACUGCUUGGGAUUGGAAGAGACCUGGUGUAAUUUACACUAGUUAUGGCCAGGAUUUCGCCACUGAAAGCACUAGAGUUGAUAUUAUCUCAGUAACUUUGAAUGAGGACGACGAAAAUGGAGCACCAGUGAUAAAGAAACUAACCGAAAACGGGGAGAACAAUGCAUUCCCCUCACCGUCUCCGGACGGAGAGUCUCUAGUGUUCCGAUCAGGGAGAUCUGGUCAUAAGAACCUCUAUAUUAUGGACUCAAAAUUAGGUGAGAAUGCAAGACUACAGAGGCUCACUGAAGGACCUUGGACUGAUACUAUGUGCAAUUGGUCGCCGGACGGAGACUGGAUAGCCUUCUCCUCCGAUCGGGAUAAUCCGGGGAAUGGAAGCUUUGCUAUUUAUAUGAUACAUCCUAAUGGCACAGGGUUGAGGAAGGUGGUGCAGAGUGGAAAUGGAGGGAGGGCUAACCAUCCAUGGUUUAGUCCUGACUCAAAGAGAUUGGCUUUCACUUCAGACUUUGCUGGAGUUUCAGCAGAGCCUGUGGCUAAUCCUCACCAUUACCAGCCUUAUGGGGAUAUCUUUACGGCGGCCAUUGAUGGUAGUGAUAUCCGGCGAUUGACUCAUAACUCUUAUGAGGAUGGAACUCCAACCUGGGCUCCCAUCUCUUUGGAACCUGCUAAUGUUCCUGAGAAUUUGGGAGCUGGGGAUAAGUGCAGUUUUGAUGAUUGUCAUUGGCUCAAUGUGGACAACCAAGUCUUGCCUUCUGCUGUCUGCUAAUAUAUUAUCAUGUAAAUAUCCCUUAUAUAUAUAUAUUAUGAUGGCCCUUGUAAACGUAUGUAUGUAUAUAUAGACAUAGGUAUAACAUAUGAGGGACAAGUAUGUCAUCUUUGAAUAAUGUUGAUAUGUCCGAACUAAUGUUACACAUUUUCAUAAAAAACAGUUGUAGUCGAGAAUAUCGGACGGCAAACAAUUAGGAGCUUGAAAGUAUCGCUGAUCAUAAGAAACUUAUUAAUUUGCAUAAAUAAUGUUUCUA